AUGAGUGGCAUGACAGAUGAGAAUGACAUCAAUGAUGAGCUCAGUGUGAUGGAAACAGAUGCAUUGGACGACUGUGACAUGACUGAAAUGGGACCUUUGGAGAGAAAUAUUGAAGACAAUCAGCACAAUAUUGAAAACCAGGAGUUAAACGAUGACCAAGAUUCACCCAACAGUGAGCAGGGUAAAGCUAAACCACUCUGCGUAUACGAGGAUCAUGUUAUUGAUUUCUGGAAGGAUCACUUCCAAAUGGUCACUCUCACAGAAAUAAUGCGCCAAAAAGAUGAUGUGCCAUUUGCUGAGCUGCUGAACAGAAUCAGAGUGAAACGCAAGGAUGAGCCAUUGACUGAAGCAGACAGAUCUCUACUUUCCCAGGCCAUAUGUCAAGCUGAGAAUUGUCCCAAAGACGUCCUACAUGUUUUUGCUACAAACAAAGAAGUGAAUAAACACAAUGCAGACACCAUCUCUGGUCUAUUCUCAGAAUUGGUCAAUGUUGAAGCCCAUGACUACAGAAAAGAUCCUCAAACUGGCCGUAUGGAGAGGCAGAAAGCACCCUUUGAAGGACGUAAAGGAGAUCUACCUGAUAGACUGCAAAUUACUGAGGGUGCCCGAGUGAUGCUCAUCAGAAACAUAGAUGUAGAAGAUGGACUCGUGAAUGGCUCAUUUGGAAAGAUUGGCAAAAUCGUUUACCAGGUCCAAAAUGGCAAAACAGAUGUGAAGAUGAUAGGCAUUGAACUAGAUGAUCCAAACGCAGGCCAGAGACAUCGCAACAAAGUCCCGGGCAGAUCAGACAACCUGGUGUAUAUUGAAAGAAUGGAGGAACGUCUGAGCAAAAAAGUGGAUGUGACUCUGGAUCCUGAUACAGCACAGGCCUAUCUCAUCCUGUCUGCUGCUGGGAAACAAGUGAGACAUGGCAACACAAAACAUAAUGUCUCUGACAACCCCAAAAGGUUCAGUCCUAUUGUAUGUGUCUUGGGAAAACAGGGGUUUUCUGCUGGCAAAUUCUACUAUGAGGUUCAGGUCAAGGGGAAGACUGGGUGGAGCUUAGGGGUGGCCAGAGAGUCCAUUACCAGGAGGGGGAAAAUAACUCUGUACCCUGAGAAUGGAUACUGGACGAUAUGGCUGCGUAAUGGGACUUAUGCAGCACUAGUUGGUACCCCAGUUCCCCUCUCCCUGAAAGAGAAGCCCCAGAGGGUGGGGGUGUUUGUGGAUUAUGAGGCAGGUCUGGUCUCCUUUUAUGAUGCAGACUGUUGGUAUCAUCUCUACUCUUAUGCUAAUGUUAAGUUCACUGAGAAACUUUACCCAUUCUUCUCUCCUGGUCUUAAUGAUGGAGGUAAUAACUCCUCUCCUCUUAUCAUCUCCUCAGUUCAUAUCUGCCCUAUCAAGUAA